CAAUGUUGUUAUUAAUUUUUCUUACAAAAAAUCAAUGAGUUCUGACGAGAACUCGAUCAAGUCACAGAUUAAUGACCGGAUUUAAACCAGGUCCUGGCUAGUUCCGGUGUUAACCGUGACUCAUGCCAACUCAUGAGCCGGGCUAGUUUAAUAAAAGAGAAGAAAGUUUGUUGUGCUGUGAAAAUGGCAAUGACCAAGAAGAUAUUGAUGGUUCUGGUUCUGGUUCUAGUCCUAGUGAGCCUUAAUGAUGGAGCCCAGGUGCACCAUGUAGUUGGAGGGGAUCGUGGAUGGCACCCUUAUUCUGAUAUUGGUUCUUGGUCCUCUGCUAGAACUUUCAGAGUUGGAGAUAAAAUUUGGUUCACCCACUCUGCAGCACAGGGUAGGAUAGCUGAGGUAGAGACAAAGGAAGAAUAUCUAACGUGUGAUGUGAGCAAUCCAAUCAGAAUGUACACUGAUGACAGUGAUGGCAUCACUCUUGAUGGAGAAGGGGUCCGUUACUUCACAAGCAGCAGUUCUGACAAGUGCAAGAAUGGCCUGAAAUUACAUGUAGAGGUGGUGGUUCCUGAAGCCAGAACUGAUACCACCACCGCACAAGUCGCAUCAGAAGGCUCAGAUAAGGCUAUUGCUGCCCCACCAGAAAGUUCAGCUCCAUCCCAUUUCGGUGCAAGCUUUGCUUUAUUGAUGGCUGGAUUUUGGUUGUCCUAUAUGGGCAUUUAGAUUGGAUUUUCCUAGCUUUUGUAUGCUUCUUGUUUUUGGAUUUUAUAGUAGUGAUUUUUAUGGCAGCAAAAACUUGGAAAACUUACAAAAAUUAUGUUAAUUUGGACCUAUGUAUUCUUUGGUUUUUGCAAGGAAUAUGUCCAUAAAGUUUUUUUUUUUA